ACCGACGGCGGCCGCCGCCGCCGCCGCCGCCUCCACCACCGUCCGCUCCAGGUCUUUGUUACUUGUUAUAGUUUCAUGUUCUGGCGGACCUGAAUUCCGUAACACUUGUUAGUCGGUGUCGGAUUGGGAGUCGCUGGUUGCCGAAUCAUGCUUGUGGCGGCUACCCGGCCGUCCCGGACUCUUACCACCACGCCGUCGUGCCGUGCCGAGACCGAACCCGACUCCCAUCUAUCCCAGCCUUUUCGCCUCCGUCGAUCAGCCCAAGGCCGCCGGGAGCUGCCGCGAUCGCUCGGAGCCGACGGGAGGAGGGAUGGCCGACCACCUGCCCGACGACCUCCUGCGGACGUUCUCGCCCGCCUGGCGCCGCGCGGCCUCGCCUCGUCCCGCGGCGUCUGCAGGUCCUGGCGCGCCGUCAUCGACGGCCGCCGCCUGCUGCGUGCGGACCUCCUGCUGCUCUCGCUGGGGGGCAUCUUCCUCCAGGUCACCACCGCCCCGUUCCCGCCCCUCUUCUCCCGGCCCUGGACGGGCCCCGCGACCGGCGGCGACCUCGACGGCUUCUUCGGAGCCGACGACAACAGGCUGCUCCAGACCGACAUGCGCGGCCACUGCAACGGCCUGCUCCUGCUCGAGGAGGCCGUGGUCAACCCCGCCACCGGGGAGUGGGCGCGCCUGGCCGAGCCUCCGCCACCGCCCCUGCCGGAGUUCUACUACCAGCCGUGCCUCGCGUUCGAUCCAGCCGUGUCGCCGCACUACGAGGUGUUCUCGCUCCCCGAGGUUCCCAAUCCUACGCGCACGACGCUGAGCCCGCUGCUGCAGCAAUCAGAGUGGCCGCCCUCGCCGUUCGUCCUGCACGUCUUCUCGUCGAGGACGGAGCAGUGGGAGGAGAGAACCUUCGCACGGGAAGGCCAUGGUGGCCAUCCCAUGGCGACUGUAGCCGACGUCCAGUCGCAUGAUCUAUUCGAUAACGAUUACCAUUGCAGCACCUUCUGGCGGGGAAGGCUAUACGUGCAGUGCCAGAACAGAUUUGUGCUAAGAAUUAAACCCGUCGAGUGGCACAUAGCACCUGGUGAAGCAACCCAUGGGCGCCGGUGGUGCGAGCAAGUACCCUCAGUUUUAUCUAGGGAAAUCAAAGGCUGGGGUGUACUUUGCGUCGGCCAUCUCCUACAAAUGCCGGCUUCAAGUUUGGUACCUCGACGAGUCAUGCUACCGGGAGCCGGCGUGGGUGCUGAGGUGUGACAGAACCUGGGGCCCCUCCUGCAACCAUGGAGGAGCUACCGUGAACGCGCGCGGCGGCGGCGACGGGCCAUGGCGCCUGCGGUACCUCGACGAUGAAGACUACGACGCGUGCUACUGCGACGGAGACGAAAGGCAGUUGGAGUGGAGCUCUGACGUCGAGAACGGGGCUGCUGGCGGCUGCAAUAGAGAUGGCAAGGACGACACCGAUGACGAUUGGGAAGAAAGAUUCUACCGGGACACCCAAUACAUCGAGUUCCUUGGAUUCCAUCCUUUCAAGGAGGUUGUCUUUCUGCAUCUUUCACGCCGCAGAGGGAUCGCCUAUCAUUUAGAUAGCUCCAAGAUUCAAGACAUGGGCAGCUUACAAAUAAACCUACGCGACAUCACUGACAGUAUACUAAUGCCUUUUCCGUAAACACCAUGUUGGAUGGGAAUGUUUCCUGAGAACGAUUGAUUCAGAAAUAUAAUCAUUCCUGAUUGAAGACU